AUGCAUCCCCCCCUGGCAUUGCACAAGCACCCGGCCUGCAAGGCGCAGAUCCUGGCCCUGCAAGUGUGCCACUCAGAGCACCCGCUUGCCAAGUUUGUGGGGGUCUGCAAUGAGGCCAAGUAUGCACUGGACAAAUGCUUCAGAGAGGAGAAGCGAGUGAACAGUGCUAAGAACAGGGAAGAAAGCAAGCGCUUUCAAGAGCGACUUCAGAAGCGACGGGAAGAAGCAAGGCUAGAGAAGAAUAGCGUCACUGCCAGUGGCUGA